AUGAAAGUGGUAACUGCCGCAUCGAAUACGCUUCAGUACCUCUCUAUUGAAAUAUGGAUUGAGGAUUUGACGGUUGAGCGUGGGAUCCUUGGCAUCAAUCUCGGAAAGCUGAAGCACCUUCACUUUUCCGUCAUCGGUGGAAAACGGACGCCGUGCAAACUCAAAUGCACCAAUCUAGAAUCUCUAAGAUUGAAAAGCAUAGACGAUUUACGGUUCUUUUCAGCUCUUCCAUCACUGAAGACAUUCUUUUUCGAGGAGGCAGGCACAUUUUACAACGAUUCGGUUUGCGAGCGUUUGACAAAUCUUGCGGCCGACAAAUUGCAUACACUCUACGUUUACAGUUCUCAAAUAUCUGAAACAACAUUUUUCGGUCUCUUCUCGAAAACCGGUCAGCUCCAACAUUUGCAAAAGAUCGUAGUUCUAGCCAAUAAUGGUUGGUCAAGGAUGUUGAAUCACGAUGCAUUCUACAAAUUCUCCUUGAGUCAAGGUGUUCGAAAAAUUGCCUCUUUGACAUGGCAAGGUACAGGAAGCCAAGAUUUCCCUCAUCCAACUACUCAAGAUCUCAUCCGUGAGCACUUUGCAACCGAAUUCAAUUGCAUCCAGCAACAGCAAAAAGGCAAAUUAUCCAAAUUUUCGUAUGACAUCAUGGGGGAUUUUGUCGAACAUAGAUCAGUGAUUGACAAGAUGGAAUUCUUCAAAAACUUCCUCAAGGAGAAGUUUGAAAGUCAAAGCGCCUAG